CAAGCCUCCAAUAACUCAGUGGAGGUCCUGCUCGGUGGAGGACCCGGACCUAGGCGCCUGCACUGCCGCAGGGAGUGGGAAGGUUGUUACUUGCAAUCUGCGAUAUCCGCCCCGCGACCCGGCUUUGGGCCAAGUGGUGAGCGGAUUAGGGCAGUUUUGAUCUCGCGACCUUGCUGGACCCGGAGUCCCCGCCACAUUUCUCGCAGCGGGAGCUGAAAGGCGAACGCGGGCCCAAGACCAGGAAAAAGAAAGUUUACCACGAUCGGAGCCAUGGCCAACAAGGAUCCUGAGUCUGAGCACCCAUCUGUGACUCUGUUCCGCCAGUACCUGCGCAUCCGCACUGUCCACCCUAAUCCCGACUAUGGCACUGCUGUGGCCUUUUUUGAGGAGAGAGCCCACCAGCUAGGCCUGAGCUGUCAGAAAGUGGAGGUGACACCUGGCUAUGUGAUCCCUGUGCUGACUUGGCCAGGCACCAACCCUACACUCUCCUCCAUCUUGCUCAACUCCCAUAUGGAUGUGGUACCUGUCUUCAAGGAACAUUGGAGUCAUGACCCCUUUGAGGCCUUCAAGGAUUCUGAGGGCUACAUCUAUGCCAGGGGCACCCAAGACAUGAAGAGUGUCAGCAUCCAGUACCUGGAAGCUGUGAGAAGGCUGAAGGUUGAGGGCCACCGUUUUCCUAGAACCAUCCACAUGACCUUUGUACCUGAUGAGGAAAUCGGAGGUCACAAAGGCAUGGAGCUGCUCGUACAGCGGCCUGAGUUCCAGGCCCUGAGGGUGGGAUUUGCCCUGGAUGAGGGCCUGGCUAACCCCACUGAUGCCUUCACUGUCUUUUAUAGUGAGCGGAGCCUCUGGUGGGUGCGGUUUACCAGCUCUGGGAGGCCAGGCCAUGGGUCACGCUUCAUUGAGGACACAGCAGCAGAGAAGCUGCACAAAGUUGUGAGCUCCAUCUUGGCAUUCCGGGAGAAGGAAAGGCAGAGGCUGAAGUCAAACCCUCAUCUGAAGGAGGGGGCCGUAACCUGUGUGAACCUGACUAAGCUAGAGGGUGGUGUGGCUUAUAAUGUGGUACCCGCCACUAUGAGCGCCAGCUUUGACUUCCGCUUGGCACCGGAUGUGGACCUGCAGGCUUUCGAGAAGCAGCUGCAGAGCUGGUGCCAGGCAGCUGGCGAGGGUGUCACCUUCGAGUUUGCUCAGAGGUGGAUGAAGCCCCAAGUGACACCUAUUGAUGAUACAAACCCCUGGUGGGCGGCUUUUAACCGGGUCUGCAAGGACAUGAACCUCACUCUAGAGCCGGAGAUUUUCCCUGCUGCCACUGAUAGCCGCUAUCUCCGUGCGGUGGGGAUCCCAGCUCUGGGCUUCUCACCCAUGAACCGCACACCUGUGCUGCUGCAUGACCAUGAUGAGCGGUUGCAUGAGACCGUGUUCCUUCGUGGGAUUGACAUAUACACACGCUUGCUAUCUGUUCUGGCCAGUGUGCCUGCCCUGCCCAAUGAAAACUGAGCCCCAUACCCUCCAGGCUGCCCCAGAGCUUUCAUCCCAACCAGUGCCAAGGACCUCCUCUUCUCCUGACCAGUAAUGUAGCCUGUGUGGACAAAGGCAGCCCCUGAACUACUAACA